CUCCUCCCGUCUUGACACCAAUACCACUUCCACCCACACCCCCAAGCCCCUGGAAGAUCUGCCAUCUGAGUGAAGGGUCAUCCUUUCCAGGAUUACAACUAAAUAUCGCCAUGCCUCAGCGAACACUUGCCCCCGUAAACAAAAGGAAAAAGCUCGCCAGGAUCAUAACCGACUUAUCACACAUCACUCAGGAUGAGUUUGAGUUUGAGCCAGAGGCCUCCGAGUUUGACCUGGGGAAAAAAAUUGGAACUCCCAAAGACAUCAUGCUGGAGGAGCUCUCGCUGAUGAAGAACAAAGGCUCCAAGAUGUUCAAGAUGAGGAAGCAGAGAGUGGAGAGGUUUAUCUACGAGAACAACCCUGAUGUCUUCAGCAGUGACUCAAUGGACAACUUCCAGAAGUUUGUCGGUGGACAGAUGGGAGGUGAAAUGAUAAACCUUGGUGGGCAUCUUGUUAGCAAGCAGUCUGGACACCUGCAUUACACAGGACUGCACACUGGAGGAGGUGCCCCUGUGCCUCCACCAAAGCCUGGAAGCAAAGGUGCAGGAGGAGCAGGUGGAGCAGGUGGAGCAGGAGGUGCUGGAGGUGCUGGAGGACUGAGUGGUGGCGAACAUGGGAAAGGUGGUAAAGGAGAAGGCGCUAGUGACGGGUCAACAGGAAGUGGAAAAGAUGCAACUAAGAGGCAGGCUCAUGUGAAGACAUACCUGUCACCAUGGGAGAAGGCCAUGAAGGGUGAUGAGAACCUGUUAGCCACUCUGAAAACAUCAAUGCCUGGUCCCAUAGAUCGAAAGGAUAUGCCCAAGUACAAAUCCUUCAACAGGUGUGCACUGCCCUAUGGAGGGUUUGAAAAGGCCAACCAGUUAAUGAAAUUCCAGAUGCCAGACAGAGAGACGGUCAAAGAGGAGCCUGAACCUGCAGUGGUGUACCAAAAUGAUGUCGGCUGUCGGCCUUCCUUCAACCGCACUCCUAUUGGCUGGAUGGGCAGCAGCGAACCGGGCAGCAUUCACAUUGAGAGUGAUGCCGUGCCCUUUGAUGCAGAGACAGAUGAGCUGUGAAAAAAAAAAAUAAUAAUAUUGUGAUUACACUCUCCACACACACACAUACACACAAGCCUGACUGCAUGCACACACCCACAAAAAUGAGCUUUAAGUCAACUGUUACACUGAUGAAUCUCUAAAUGUGAAUGAGUGAAUGUGUAAAUGAAAUGUGGUCAUGUUCUGUAUUUGGUUGUAAGGCAAAGAAACCAGCUUUGAUCUUACAGACAGAUUAAAAAUGUUUGUGUUUUCACAAGUGAAGUGCAGAUUUUGUCAAUAAGGAAGAGUGAAUCAUGUAUGAAGGACAUAUUUAUGCUAUGUUACCGUGACUAAUGCCGUCUUAACUUGUCAUUGUUUGUCAUUACCUAGUGCCCUUUUGUUGUCCAAAUUCUCUGAUAUUUUGUUGAGCUAUGAAAAGGCUAUGAACCCGUUUCAUUCAGAAUGCAUGCAUAGAGUCAAUCCUCCACAUUUAACCAAGUAACCAUAUCAAAAUAAAUAAUGUGACAAUACUCCAGAGGAGUGAUUAAAAUGUCAAGGGGAA